CGCGGAACACAGUGUGACUUUACAAGUAAGUUACUCUACUAAAGGUUAAUUUCUUCUUUCGGGACGGCUAUCGUCAGCAGAUUAUGCAAACAACAGUUAUCACAACAAAGCCAAGAAACUUCCCUGUACACUGUGAGAUGCAAGCUGCUGUUCCAUGGGUGUAAGCCGACUGGAUGUACUAUACAGAAGGCUGCUCCUCACCAAACUCUUCAUUCAAGGAUGGGGAAAGCCUGAAGAUCUCAAGAGAAUCUUUGAGUUCCGCAAGAUCAUUGGGGACAGAGAGAGAUGUAAGGACCUGGUACCCAACGAUUAUCCAGUUUAUAUAGAUAAGACAGAAGACCAGGUUGACUGUCAGAUCCAUGAUGGAUUCUUCAUCUCUCCUCUGGAACCUAUGGUUCCUGGAAUACUGCCACCAGAAGCUGUUAAAGCCAGGUUCCAGUUAAUAGUUCCCAAGAAAUGGCAGCGGAACAGACCAGUAUGUAUCCACCUGGCUGGGACUGGAGACCAUUUUUUUUGGCGUCGUCGGACCCUGAUGGCUAGACCCAUGAUCAAAGAGACAGGAAUGGCUUCAGUACUGCUGGAGAACCCUUACUAUGGCUACCGCAAACCCAAAGACCAACUGCGGUCCAGUCUGAAAAAUGUGUCAGACCUGUUUGUGAUGGGUGGGGCUUUGAUCCUGGAGUCAAUGGUGCUUCUUCAUUGGUUGGAGAGAGAGGGGUUCUGGCCAUUAGGAAUGACUGGCAUCUCCAUGGGUGGAUAUAUGGCAUCCCUAGCAGUGACCAACUGGCCUAAGCCCAUUCCACUGAUUCCCUGCCUGUCGUGGUCCACCGCAUCUAGUGUCUUUACCACGGGUGUACUUAGUAAGGCAGUCAAUUGGAGAGAGUUGGAGAAGCAAUAUGCCAUUAAUUCUGUCUAUGAAGAGGAAAUCAUUCAACUGUUGGAGUACUGUGGGGCUGAUUCCUUUAAGAUGGGUCAAGAUCUUGUCAAGAACUCUCCGGGUUGUUGGGACACUAUGGAGAGCAUUUUGGGCCUGAAUGAAGCUGACAAUGCAUCAGCUGGCCCAUACUCCAGGGCUGGAGGUGAUACUGAGGCUCAACAGAGGCUGUUAAUUGGCGGAGGUCCUGUAAGGUGCCCAUCUGGAUCCAGACUAGAUCAGUUGUUGUCAUCAAUGAACAGCAGUGGCAGGAGCUUGGACACUCUACCAAGACACUUCCAGGCUAACAAUAUACUACACGAUAAGAAUGCAAAUUCAGUGAAGGGUUGUCGACCAUCAUUGCAGAGAGAAUCACUAAGCUUCAUGAAGGGUGUGAUGGAUGAAUGUACACAUAUGGCCAACUUCUCUGACAAACUGGGACAGGAUGGGGGGGGGGAGUACUUCACUGACAAAGUCCCUGUAGACCCCAGUCUCAUCAUCGUGGUCCAAGCAAAGGAGGAUGCCUAUGUCCCUCGUACAGGAGUCCUCAGUCUGCAAGACAUCUGGCCAGGAUGUGAGGUUAGAUACCUGAAUGGAGGACACAUCAGCGCAUACCUGUUUAAGCAGAACUUGUUCAGACAGGCCAUCUACGAUGCCUUUGACAGAUUCCUCCAGAAGUAUUCCAACCUGCAGUAGCUGUGACAGCGUGACAAUAUGACACCCUUCUUUUCUUCUGUUAUCAGAGCUGUAUGUUCAAUCUGAUCUGUCUGGUUAUACUUCCCCGAAGAGGCUGAAACAUUUUGCCUAAAUGGCUGGACAUUGAAGAAAAUGAUGGCUGUAGGUCGUUGCACCAAAAUAUAGGAUCAGUGUGGCACCUAUAAAAAAAAUUAAUUUGAUUGGAUAUUAUUUCUUAGGCUUAGGGAAAUUCAAACGAAAGGUCAAUUGGGCAUGGUCUCAAUUUAAGUAACUACCUUUUCUAACUCUGAUUAGGAUAUGACAUAUAAUGACAAUAAUGCACUGUAACCUUCCCUUUUAUUCAGCAUUGAUAGUGAAAAAAACUUUUGUAUCAAAAAAGAGUUUUAAACGUUUAUUACUGAAACUUACCAUGACACUCAGGCCUGGUGACCUUAUAAAAAAAAUUCAACUGAGUUUUUAUUAAAUGCAUUCUUGGGCCAUCUUAACAUUUCAUAAUGAGGACUAGUUGAAAUUGAAUUAAUGCUAUGAUACAUCUUAUGGAAUACAUUGAUCAUUGGCCGGUCCACGCUGGUUAGCAUAAAGGACAGCAACACAUGAGAUGCAAAACGUGCAUCAAUGAAAUUGCUAAUAAUCCUCUCAUUUAAAAUGUAAAGUAAGCAAUAUAAUUGCUGUAGAGUCCACUUUUUGUUCUUAUGCACAAAAGCACAUCUGUGAACAUAUUGGCUAGCUAAUCUACUCAAAUUCUGUACACACCUGCUGUCAUGGUCUAAUGCAUGGCUAUGCAAAUGGCUGUUUUCUUAUGCUGCCAUGCGGAAAAGCUUCUUGUUUCAUAUCCCACUUCAUUGCCUCCGUUGACACCAGUGCUACCAUCUUGUGCUAUGUUUUCCAUCCUGUGUCCUGGUUUGAUUCAUUGCACCACCAUCAUUGUCUUUUCCUUUUUUCACAACACAGUAUAAUUGGCCUCUAAGUCCUCAUAUUCCCUCAGUCACCUUUGUCACUGUUUCAGUGAAUCCAUUAUUGUGGUUCCCUGAGUUUUGGUCAGUUGCCAUAAGGUUGUCUUUUCAAUCUUCAUGUCCAUCUCCUCAGAGAGAACAGUAAUAACUACAAUAAUAGCUGAAAAUUGUGGUAUGUUGAUCCACUAAAUCAACUCCAAACCCAGAGAGAAAACAGAGUUUAUCAUAAGAUGUUAAGCAGUGAGAUGUUAAAAAAUGCAAUACACUAGAAAGGGAAAGGAGAUUGUUUUUAUGAGACACCACCAGGAAACAUACUAUAUUUAGAACAUGUCCAUAGAAACCUGUUGAAGCUAGUUCCCACAGCAACUAUACUGCCCACCUACCAUAUGCCUUAAUAGAUUAUUAGCCAAAAAGUUAAUAUAUUCCUUCCAUUUUUAUCAAAUUGUCAUGUUUUUCCUUAGAGAUGAGUCAUGGUUAUGAUCCAGUUAAGAUGCCAUGUUGUUGUACAUUAAAUGUUCUUUUGUGCAGUG